AUGUCAGAUAAACAAAAACUGAGGGAAAUAGACAAAAAAUUAGUAACCAAAGAUUGGGGUGCUAAAUUUACAACAGAUUAUAAUGGUAAACCAGAUUCUCAAUCGGUCUGUGUCAUUUGUAAAGAAACAAUUUCGUGUACACAUAAAGGAAAUAUUAGAAGGCAUUUACAAUCUGAUGGGUGCGAGAAAGCAGGAGAGAGAGGUACUGGUGACACAGACUAUGAUAAAGAUAAGGUUGAUGACGCACUCGUCGAUGUUAUCGUCAACUGCAACCUCCCAAUUAGCCUUGCCGAUAACAUUUGGUUUGAUAGGUUUCUAAGUUUCUUUCAUUAUACAUCCCCUUCGGCAAAGGUCCUGAAACAAAAGAUAAUGGAUAGGAGUCAAUCAAUGGAAAAACAAAUCAAGAGUUUUAUUAAUACUGUGGAUCAUGUAUCUGUAACAAUGGACUCGUGGACCAAUACUGCACAAGAUAACUUCACAUCAUUUAAUGCUCACACUCUUGACAAAGAUUUCAACUUUAUAUCACUUCUAUUGUCUCCUAAUGUACAACACACGAAAUCGAAUGUUGAAAACACAGCAAUUUCAGUACUAGGUGCUAAUGGAUGGAAUAUUAAAAACAAGAUAGUUUCAAUUACAACUAAUAAUGCAGAUAACAUCUGCACUUCAAUGAAAAGCUAUCUAAAGGAUUCCACUAUCCAACAUACAAGUCUCAAGUUGAAUAUUCAUCUCAAUCCGAUCCCAAGCAGAAGAAGGGCAAGAAGUACCGGCACUAGUAAUGUGAAGAAUACAACAUUGAAGACAAAUACUGGUGCCAAUAAGAGAAAGCUAGAGAUGACAGAACACGAUAAUGUUGAAAGCACAUUUACCUCUUCAACAAAUACUAUGGCAGAGUUCACAUACGCGGUGUCAGAUGAACCUUCCAUUAAUAAUGUCCUACGCAAAGUCCGAACAAUUUGCAGUAAGAUUAAAUAUAGUCCUACACAUGCAAACAAAUUGAGGGAUAUGGUCAGAGCUGAUGCACCACUCACCGCACAGGAAACAAAGUCGAAAAAGUAUAAGGUACUAAUCGGCUGUCCUACCCGCUGGACCUCUGUAUAUCAAAUGGUUGUACGAUACAUCGAGCUAAAGGUCUAUAUCGAUCAGAUUUUAUUGGAUCAGUCAGAGUUCCACAUGAGUGAUAAAGAAAUCGAUAUGCUUGAUGACUACAGUGUUCUUCUUUACAAGUUUGAGUCAUCAACAAUGGAGUUAGCCACCCGUAACACAUGCUCAAUUGAACGGUUAAGCGGCAUCAUCAUCAACAUGAAAGAUUACUUUCAUUGUGAAGAUGUUAAAAAUAGAAAGUUUACCACUGAAGGUCGUCGAUUGAAAGAAGUUUUAGAAGUGUCUUUCAAUAAGAGAAUGGAUCAGUAUAUCAAUAAUGAUGAAGUUAAGGUGGCGUCAUUCUUUAACCCAUGCCAUAAAGAUUCAUUCAACAAACUGGAUAAUGAUGUUCAGCAAAAAGUCAUUAAGCGUAUUGAGCAGGAGAUCAGUGAAAUCAGUUCACAACAUACUCCGUCGCCAAUGAAAAAACAAAAGAAUGGUCCAGUUACAUAUCGUAGAUUGUCAUCCACAAUUGCAAAUACAGAUCGCAAGAUCAACGAAAUCACCAAGUUUUUACAAGAGGUAAAAGAGAAAAGUGCAGAUAAUACCCCGGGUAUUACCACUAAUCUUUGGUGGAAAGAAAACCAGAAUUAA